AUGGAGGCACAAGAUCCCUUAGAAGAAGUGAACCUUGGAGAUGAGAAGGAGCCGAGGUUAACUUUCAUCAGUAAAUUAGUCGAUGAAGAAGUAAAAGACCAAUUAAUCAAGCUACUAAGGGAAUUUAAGGAUUGCUUCGCCUGGGAUUAUGACCAGAUGCCAGGCCUUUCGAGGGAAUUAGUUGAACAUCGACUCCCAAUUCGACCAGAAAAGAGGUAUGUUGACUGGAUCUCGAACAUAGUACCUGUGAUUAAGAAAAAUGGAUCUCUUAGAGUUUGCAUUGAUUUUCGAAAUCUAAAUACUGCUACACCGAAAGACGAAUACCCUAUGCCAAUAGCUGAUAUGUUAGUAGAUUCGGUAGCAGGACAGUUCCUUGGCUUUAUUGUUCACCAAAAAGGAAUUGAAAUCGACAAGAAUAAGGCCAAAGCAAUAUCUGAGACACAAUUAAAGAAAGAAGAAGAUUUUCGAUGGGAGGCAGAGCAUCAAGCUGUUUUUGAGGAGAUAAAGCAAUAUUUGACAAGACCACCAGUAAUGGUUCCGCCAAAGAAAGGUUUUCCCUUGAAGUUAUAUAUUUCGACAUCAGAAGAAACUAUUGGGAGCAUGCUAGCUCAAGAAGACGAAAAUGGUGUCGAAAGAGCUGUUUAUUAUCUUAGUCGAAUGUUGAUAGGUGCAGAAUCUCGAUAUAGUCCAAUCGAGAAAUUAUGUUUGUGUCUGUAUUUUUCUUGUGAGAAAUUGAAAUAUUAUAUUAGGCCUUUCGAUGUAUAUGUUUAUUCACAUCACGAUAUAAUAAAGUAUUUCUUGUCGAAACCUAUCCUUCAUGGUAGAGUUGGAAAAUGGGCGUUGGCUCUAACAGAGUAUUCUCUAAUUUAUAAACCACUAAAAUCUGUAAAAGGCCAAGUCGUUACUGAUUUCGUUAUUGAUCAUUCAAUCCCAAUCAAAGAAGUAGAUUUUAUAAGUCUAAAGUCAUGGAAAUUGUACUUCCAUGGAUCUAGUCAUAAAAAUGGAAUUGGAAUCAGAAUACUGAUAAUUUCACCAGAUGAAAUCCCAACGAAAUUACUCUUCGAGAUAAAAUCAGCUUGUUCAAACAAUGAAGCUGAGUACGAAGCAUUAUUAGCUGGACUUGAAAUACUGCUAAAUUUCGGGGCAAGAAAUGUAAUCAUUCGAGGAGAUUCUGAGUUAGUAAUAAAGCAACUAACCAAAGAAUAUAAAUGUUUAAGUAGAAACCUCGUCGAAUAUUGGAUAAGGGAGAAGUUAGGGUCAACAAACCUUGAAAUCCUAAAUAUAAAUGACUUAACUGACCAAGAUUGGAGGAAACCUCUAGUCAAUUAUCUCAAGGACCCCAACAUUCCAACUGAUCGAAAAACAAAAUUUCAAGCAGUUAACUAUAUAAUUGUGGUUAAUGAAUUGUAUAAAAUGGGUGUUGAUGGCACCUUACUUCGAUGUCUCAGCGAACAUGAGGCUUAUAUUGCCUUGGCAGAAAUCCAUGAAGGGAUAUGCGGAGCUCAUCAAGCUGGAGAAAGAAUGAAAUGGAUGUUACUUCGAGAAGGAUUGUACUGGCCCUCGAUGGUUAAAGAUUGCUUUGACUAUGCAAAAUCUUGUGAAGAAUGUCAAAAGCAUGGUAAUGUUCAACAUGUUCCAGCCUCAGAAUUACAUUCAAUAAUUAAGCCAUGGCCUUUUCGAGGCUGGGCUCUGGAUUUAAUUGGCCAAAUUCAUUCUCCUUCGACAAAAGGCCAUAAAUACAUCUUUGUAGCUGUCGACUAUUUUACGAAGUGGGCUGAGGCAGUUCCAUUGAAAGAAAUUACUCAGAGUGAUGUUAAUUUUAUCGACGAAUACAUAAUUCAUCGAUUUGGUAUACCAGAAACUUUGACAACAGACCAAGGAACUGUUUUUAUAGGUCGAAAAAUAACUCAAUAUACAGAGUCCUUGAAUAUAAAAAUGAUAACUUCGACCCCAUAUUAUGCCCAGGCCAAUGGACAAGUGGAGGCAGUAAAUAAAAUUUUGAUCAAGUUAAUUAAAAAACACAUUGGAUCAAAGGCAAGAAAUUGGCAUGACACUUUAAGCCAAUUAUUAUGGGCAUAUAGGAAUUCUCCAAAUGAGGCCACGGGGACAACCCCAUUUUGA